CAAUAAUAAUAUUAUUAUUAUCAUCAUCAUCAUAAUAAACAAUCAAUUUGUUUUGAUUUGAUUGAAAAUCAAUCAAUCAAAUCGAAACAAUAUCGAUAAUCAUGGAUCCAUCAAAAUGGAUGGAUCCAUAUAGUCAUCAUCUACGACAAGUAGCAUCAUCAACAACAACGGCAACAAGAAAUCAUCAGUUGAUGAAUAAUGCUGUUUGUCAAUCACAACAAAUGAUGACUCAAAACAGAAAUGGUCUACAUCAUCACGUGGCUGCUGCUGCUGCUGUUGCAGCUUCCAGUGUCAAUACACUUCCAUCAUCAAAUAAUUGUCAACAGCAGCCGACCAAAAAUUUAAUUAUCAGUAAUGCGACCAAGACAAACCAAAAGCAACAACAACAUCAAAUGAAUCAAUAUGGAACAAAAACGUUGAAUCAGACAACCGCUGGUGAAACUGAUCACCAAUCAUUUAUAAAUAGCCAUCAUUAUCGAUCUACGAAUUGUUCACCGUGGUUAUUUCAUAAUUCAAGACAACAGCAACAACACACCAAUCAUAUUGACAAUUCUUCAUCAUCAUCUUAUGAUAUAAAUGGCCAUACCGAUAAUGCAGCUUCGAAUGUGCCAUCAUUCAAUUCAAAUCCAUUUGCAGGUCAUUUGCCACCACCACCGCAUCAUCAUUCAGGAGUUUAUGAUACUAAUUUUGCUGCAGCAGCGGCAGCUGCCGCAUCGUUUGCCGCUCAUCAACAAUCACAAACUUCAACAAAAUCCUCGGCUAAUCAAUAUUUGUCAUCAAUGGCUUCAGAGUUCGGAUUUAUGGAUCCGACCACAAUGACAAUGAACAAUAAGUCAAAUGUUGUUGAUAAUUCAUCCAAUUAUAAAAAUGGGAUGAAUGGACCAACGUCUGUCGAACCAAUACAAUCUUCGAGAACAUCGGUCAAAGGAAUGAACAAUAUGCAUGCAACGUCAAAUGAUUCCUUUAUGGAUAGUGCAUCUUCAUUAAGAGAUUAUCAUAAUGGUUUUUUCUGUUCACAUUCGUUGCAACCACCAACAAAUGGUUGGCACCAAAAUUUUUCAAAUAAUAAUGGACAUGUGUUUGAUCAUCAUCAUCCCCAUCAGCAACAACAACAACAUGGCCACGUGAUGAAUAGUGUAGUUACUCCUGAAAAUGUGAUUAAUACAACGAAUUCGUCACGUGUUCAUUCAAAUAAUAUAAAUGUACCGUUAUCUAACUGUAUGACUCCACAUGGUUUGCCCACCUGUCCUUCAAGUUCCAAUAAAGUCAAUUCAUCAACAACGUCUAAUCAACAUUUGUUAUCGACCAAAUCUCAUCACAAUAAUAACAAAAGUGAUAAUAAUCAGAAUCUAAAUAAUAAUACUGCUAACUCUUUAAAUACGAAUAAUCAUCAUCAAAAACCAUACCAAAAUGGUAAUACAUCUUCGACGGCAGCAUUAUCAUCACAUUCGUUUCCAAACAUUCAUCAAGCUCCUCUUCAAUCAAAAUAUGAUCUAAUGCAAAAUCUAUCAUCAUCAAUGAAUUCUUCGAAUCGUAAUAGUCACAAUUAUCAUCAUACACAUCAGAAUUCAUUGGUUGAUCCAUCUGGUUUAGGUGUCAAAUUUGCGCAAGCAGCAGCUCAAGCUCAUGAUCACUAUACAGCAGCUUGUUUAGCUGCCGCACAGGCUAUUCAUCAUCAGAAUAAUGAAUAUGCGGCGUUUCAACAACAACAGCAACAACAUCAUCAUCAAUAUAAUCAUCCGCCUCCGCAACAACAACAGCAACAAGCUGCGAAUAAUGUUAAUCAUAAAUCUGAUUCAACCGCAUCUCAUGUUCAUCAUCAGCAAUAUAUGUCUUCGGCUGCGAUGAACAAUGCAUAUGCGGCUGCCGCAGCUGCUGCACAUAAUCAUCAUCAUCAUCAUCACAAUGGUAACACUUGUUAUCAAUCUUCAGAUUAUCCAACACAGUUAGCGACAAACUUUAAGCGAGGAUCAACAAAUCAUCAACAGAAUUUUCUAAAUUAUCCAUCGCCAUAUUUAUUUCCAACGAUAACACAUCCUCAUCAUACAGAUGAUUUUCCAAUGAAUUCGAAUCCGUUCAAAACGCAUCAUCAUUCGAAUUUAUUUUUUACCGAUGAUGUCUAUACUCCUUGUAUAUCCGAAACCAAUAAUGUUUAUCAUAAUCAUCAUCAACAACAGCAACCACCACCACAGCAACGACAACAUCAAACAACCUCGACGUCUAGUAAAUCGACUUCAAAAACUCGAAAAAAUAAUUCAUCACAGAAAGUCAACAAUAAUAAAUUAAACAGUUUAUAUCAACCAGAAUUUGUCGCUAAUUCGACAAAUUCCUGUACGCCAACUCCAGUGGCCAAUAUCAAUGGAAGUAAUUGUUGUUUGGCUAAUCAAUCCCCAAUUACCAAUAGUAAUAAUAAUACAAUCUUAAGCAAUAAUGGCGCAUCACAUUCACGUUGUUCAUCAGUGGCCAGUACUCAUAGUGGCCAUGCUCAACAACAACAACAACAGCCAUCGAUCGUAACAAAUGAUACAUACAAUUAUAAUUAUCCAAGUCCAGUUACAACAAAUCUUUCCGGGCACUCACCUUUUCAACAAACCAGAUCGAGUACAUCAAAUUCUAGUCAUUCCAGCAUUAAUUCUUCAUGUGCUCUAAGUACAGCAACCAAUGGUUCACAAAAUAUUCAAAGUAAUUCUGUUAAUGGUGGUACUGGUGUAGAAUAUUCAAACUAUGGAACACCAAAUUCAGCACCACCAUUUCAGACAUCAACUACAACGAUUGGAAAUGUAUCGCAAACUCCAACACCGACACCCGGUUAUCCAACACCACCCAGUAGCGUUGGUCAUUCAAAUUCUCGUUGCAAUUCGAAUGAAGAAUUGUCACCAUUUUCAAAUAAUUCUAUGUCGAGUAAUAUGAGCCACCAAUCUUAUGGACGGAAUGAUUAUAAUAAAUCAACAAGUUCUUGUGGCUCACAAAUAUCACCUAAACAAGUUAACAAUAAUAUUGAUAGUACGAGCAAUAUGUCGGAAAGUUUAUCGAAUUUUAGUUCUUGUAUGGUUGCCGCUGCAGCUCAACAGCAAAAUAAUUCAAAUCAGCCAUCACAACAAAGCUCUCCAAAUUUAUAUACUUCAAAUGUGAUGGAUAAUAAUGCUUAUAAAUCUCCUCAAUAUUAUUCCAUCAAUAAUGGAGCAUCGGUUACAUCGAUGUCUUCAAGUGAUUCAGCCGAAACGACUGGUUAUGGAAAUUAUGUUGAUCCAAGUAAUGAUUCAUCACUUGUUGGACAAUUGGCAACGACAACCAAUCAAACAUCGUCGACAACAAUAAAACUUCAGAUGGAUGACCAAACAUCUACUUUAACGUCUUAUGAUUUCAAUAGCUAUUCUGAAUCAAAUUCGGAGAAUUCAUUCGGCCAUAAUUCAUAUCCUGAAGCAUCUAAAGCCAAAUUAUCUUCUUGUAUAAAAAAUCCGGAAGAACAACAUCUUCAAUCAUCGGAUAAUUCUCUUCUGAUUUGUCAUGAAAAUAACAAAAAUAAUGAAUAUUUACAACAACAAGAUGAUGAUGAUGAUGAUGGUAUUGUUGAUGAUGAAGACGACGAUGACGAUGACGAAGAUGAUGAAGAAGAAGAUGAUAAUGAAAAAGAUGAUUUCAAUUUAAGCAGCUUCGAAUCUGUGAUACAACCAAUCGUCAAUAAUGUUGAUCUAUAUGAUAGUAAACUUCACCCACAACGGCCAUCGCCACAUUCUGAUCAGCAACAAUCAUCCAAUAUUGUCCAAACAAUAAACAUUAAUGAUGGUGUUAUGGAACCAGAAGCAGUUUCAUUCGAAUCGACAAUAGAUGAAUUGAAUUUUAUUCCAUCAAGAGCAUCGACAACUUCUACAUCAGCAGCAGCUAUAGAUGUUAUACAAAAUGAUAAGAGCAGUGAUAACUAUGGUAAUCAGCCUCAACAGAUUACAACCAUGACCUUUCAGGAAUCUAGUCAUGAUACCAAUAUACCGGAUAGCCGAGUGAUUAACGAUGAAUCAAGAUCUACAACUGUUGCAACUGAAAUAAGUUGUAAUGUUUCGAUCGAAUCAUUGAUAGAUUCAUUACCAAAGCCAGAAUGUCAUUUACCAACCGUAGAUAAAUCCAAUAAUACUGGUGCGGAAUUGAUUUCACAUGAAGUUGUACGAACGGCCGACACUAAUAAAACGGUGAUAAAUGAGGGUCAUCACCAUAAUCAACAUGCUGAUAUCUUUCUAUCUGAUCUGGCACCUUUAAUGAAUGACAAUUCGAAAAUAGCUUUGAUGGAAUCCACAUUUAAAAGAUCAAUAGAAACAACCGUUCAAGAACAUACGAAUGUUGCUAAUGGAAAUGGAGCAACAUUCGAUAAAAUACAGAAAAGUCUUUUUGAUGAUCAUCAAUUGCCGACAGUUGAAUUUAAUCACAAACCGAAUAAAUCAACAUCUUCACAACCAUCAGUGAUUAUUCCAGGCGCAGAAGAAGAUCCUGAUAAUCAAUUCAGGGACGUUGAUGAAUUUCUUAAAAGUAACUAUAAAGAAUCUCCAGUAAAUCCUACAGAUACUACUUCGAAUUCCGAAUGUAGAAAUGAGUCUAUUGAUACCAAAGUCACCUCGGCUAUGCCAAUUUCACAUUCAUCGAAGCAAAUCGAUCAAGAUUCCUCUAUUCCCAUCAUUCAACAGGUUUCAAAUGAUCAGCUAACUUCACCACAAAAGUUAUCAUCUUUGCCUUCUUCUAUAGAAACGUCCAUAUCAAAUUCACAAGCUCGAAAAUCUUCUUCAAAAAAUACUCAUUCAGAAUCCAUUUCAAAAAGUGGAAAUCAAUCGAAUGAUACAAAAAAGCAACAAAAACAUAAAACUUUAACAAAUAAGCGUAAAUUAGAUACAGAAAAUAUUAAUAAAGAUGAUGUAUGCACCAUAAAAAAAUCGAAAAAAGAUAAUUCAUCUAACAGCUCUAAUAAAUUAAAAUCUCGUUGCCACUCAAAUGACCAAAAAUCGAAGAAAGCAGAAAAAAAUAAAAAUAAUCCCGUAGAAUCAAAUACAAAUGAUAAUACUUGUCUAUCAUCGACUAUAGAAAAAGAUAAACAAGAUACUAUAGUGGUAAAAACGAAAAAAGCCAAAACAGUCAAUACGCCACAAAUAUUCUCAGCAAAUCACACUACUAAUAAAGAUAUCAACAAUUCAACAAUUAAAUCAAUAACCGAUCUCUCCAAUGAAAAUCAGCGUCUGAUUCUUCCUGUGUUAUCUUCAAUAAUGCCUGCAACAAAAAAUAAUCUCACCAAGAAUAAGAAUGAAAAGAAAAAAGUUGCCAACACUCAAAAUAUCACAAAUAAUAAGAAAAAACAAAUUAGCUGUAAUUUUGAAGUUAAAAACAAAAAUUUAGCUAUACAAUCUAAAGUAGAUAAAAAAUCUGUUAAAAGCGGCAAAAAUGAUAAAAAACCAGCUAAGAAUAAUGUUAAACAACUUUCAACAUUGGAUAAAAAAUCAAAAAUUUCAUCAUCAUGUUCUGAAGUGAAAGAAAAUUGUAAUAAAAAUAUUCCGACAACAACAUCAAUAACGAUGGCCACAAUAAAAUCAUUACCUAUCUUAUCUUCGAAUUCCAUUUCCUCUUUAUCAAUGAAUGACAAAUCAAUACCAAUAGCUCCUAAAGACAUAUCGAAUAAUCAUAUAUCAAAUAUUCAAAACUCUUUAAAAUUGAAUAGUAUAAUAAACAAUAAAAAACUUGCAAUUUCACAUCAACCGUCACAACAAUCAUCGAAAACAAAAAACGAUUGCAACAAAAAAGAAUCGAUGAAUAAAAAACCUGUGAAGAAUCAUACAUCAGAAAAUAAACCGUUAUUGCCUUCACCAUCAAUAUCGACAAAUAAACUGAACACAACAACUGUUGCUGCUAAAGUAAAAAAUGAUCUUUCAAACUUAUCACAAACUAUUACAACUAAACCCAGAGUAUCAUUGGUCACCAACAACAACAAUACCAAUCAACAACAGGCAUUAAUAUCGCCGAAUCUUUUUAACGCUUCUCAAUGUUUGAAUGCAGCUAAAUCUUCGGCUGUGAAUCCACCAACUUUGACAAACGUUACUCCAACAUUGAUUGUCAAUCAAGGUCAUCAUUCUGUUCAACCAUAUCAAGUGUCGCCAAUGACCAACGCUGUUCUGAUUUCGAUUCAUCCGGCUAAUACUACACCGAUUCCAUCAUUGACAGCACAAUCUUUUAUAGCGUUGAAUACACAAAGUGUCGCUAGUUCGACUACUAGUAACACAACGACAACCACCAUCGGAUGUAGUCCAAAUUCAUCUCGUCGAAGAUCUCAAGAUAAGAAGAUUUCAACUAUUCGUGAAGGUUUGAUGCGAACGGGUGAUUUUGUUGUCGCUGAAGAAGAAGCACAUUUGGAUUUACCUGUCAUUUGGCGUAUAGAAGGCAAAAGUCUUUUGCAAAGAUUCGAACCAUCAGAACAGAAUGGAAUCACCAUCUACAUUAAUACUUCUUCGUAUUCGGCCUGGAAUCCUACAGUCAGACAAAAAUAUCUUGGAUUAGAUGUGAGAAUUAUGGGAUGUAAUCGAACAAGAAUUGUUGUAGAAAAAAUAGGUCUCACUCGUAACAAAAAUGAAAGUCAUAUACUCCACAGAGAUGUUUCAAGCAUCAAUGAAAAAGAGAAUAAUUCGUUGCCAACCGAUUCAUCGCCUUCAAAUGUUACUAAUUGUUUUGAAAAUUUUGAAGUAUUAAUUCAGACAUUGAUCAGUCAAGCAUUGGAUCCGAAUUUUAUUGCCGAAAUUGUCAAAGAAAAUGAUGAUUAUUUCUUAUCACAUAUGCAAGCAAUCGAAGAAGUUUGUCAUUCACGUAGGACACGUUUUAUCGCCAAAUUCAAAUGGGACAGUGUUAUACUAAAAAAUUUCGAAACAUUUACCAACAUACAGAUCAAUAAGCAAAAUAAUGUUGGAGACCUUCGAUGUCGGUCAUGCCAUGACAAUUGGAGUACUAAGAUAUUGUAUUUUGAUGGUGAACCAUACAAUCGUGAUACUUUGGAAAAAUUAUCUAAUGAUGCUAUCGUUGCCGCAUCGACCGAUAAGAAAGUUAAAAUUGCUGUUUGUGAUAAUUGUACAGAGAAAAUUUUUCUUUUUUCCAAAUUAUAUCAUCAUAGAUUAAAUUUUUUCCUGUUAUGCAAAGCAAAAGUUGAGGAAAUACAAAGCAAAGAUGCCAAUAAAGAAUCCCAUAUAAUUUUACAUGAAUGUCUUCAGGAUAAUGUUUGGAUGAAAAAAAUAUUCCAAGAGCUUGAAACCUUACUGUACACUUGUGACAGUCAAUGUUGAACGAGUCUUUUUUUUCAAAAGUCAACACUUUAUCUAUCGAGUUUCUUCAUUUGGAUUGACCUUUUUUUGGUGAUGGUCAUAUUCCAGUCACAUGCCUUAACUAUUCAAUUUAAUUAUCAACUUGU